AUGGAGCUGGCCUGCUUAGGGAUCUGGCUUGGCGCCCCCCCAGGCCCAAGCGAGGCCCCGGGGGAUCUGUGUCUUCAGGAUCCGUUCCCCAGGGUCCUCAUCCUUGCGUCCCGCCCCCUUAGUCGCGUCCAAUCACAGUUCGGUUACUUUGGCAACCACUCUACCCUCCUCACGCCCUUCCCUGCGUUCAAAACGACGUCAAGCCCCCGAAACGCGAGGCCGUUGCUGUGCUCCUACUUCCCCAAAUGGGCAACCGGUUACCAAGACAACAGCUGCUCCUCCCCCGCCCGGAGCCACGCCCCUAACGUUCUCCCCAAUCGGGAUCUCAUUGCCGGGACGACGUCUUCAAAGCUGCGCCUCUCCCCCAACCGGGAGGCCGUUGCCCGGGCGGCGCUCCGCCCCUUCCUGCGGGAGGCGGAGCCUCUGGCGGAAGCGGCGUCGGGUGCGGCGAACCGGGGCGCGGGGGCGGGGGCGCGCGGAGGGGCGGAGGGGCGCCAGGCCCAAGAUGGCGGCGGGCGCGGAGGGCGGCGCGGGCGCGGGGGUUUUGGGCGACUGCGCCGAGAUCAAGUCGCAGUUCCGGACGCGCGAGGGCUUCUACAAGCUGCUGCCCGGCGCCGAGGGCGCAGCCCGGCGAGCGGGUCCGGCCCCGGCCCCCGGCGCGGCCUCCGCCUCCUCCUGCGCGGCCCCGGCCGCGGCCCCGGGCCCAGCCCCCGGCCCAGCCCCCGGCCCGCGCUGCCCGCCGUGCGCCUGAGCCUCGUGCGCCUGGGCGAGCCCGACCCCGCCGCCGCCGCCGCCUCCGGGGAGCCCGCCGGGCCGCCCCCGGCCGCCGGCGAUCGCGUCUGCUUCAACUUGGGCCGAGAGCUCUAUUUCUACCCCGGAGGCUCCGGGCGCCGAGGCAGCCACCGGUCCAUAGACCUCAACAAGCCCAUCGACAAGCGGAUCUACAAAGGCACCCAGCCCACUUGUCACGACUUCAACCAGUACACGGCAGCCACGGAGACCAUCUCCCUGCUGGUGGGCUUCUCAGCUGGCCAGGUGCAGUACCUGGACCUGAUCAAGAAGGACACCAGCAAACUCUUCAAUGAGGAGAGGCUGAUCGACAAGACCAAGGUGACCCACCUGAAGUGGUUGCCCGAGUCCGAGAGCCUGUUCCUGGCCUCCCACGCCAGUGGCCACCUCUACCUGUAUGAUGUGGCUCGCCCCUGUGGCCCCGCCCCGCCCCAGUACAGCCUGCUCAAGCAGGGGGAGGGCUUCGCCGUCUACACUGCCAAGGGGAAGGCGCCCCGAAACCCGAUGGCCAAGUGGGCCGUGGGCGAGGGCCCCCUGAACGAGUUUGCCUUCUCCCCGGACGGGCGUCACCUGGCCUGCGUGAGCCAGGACGGCUGCCUGCGCGUCUUCCACUUCGAUUCCAUGCUCUUGCGGGGCCUCAUGAAGAGCUACUUCGGAGGCCUGCUCUGCGUGUGCUGGAGCCCCGACGGGCGCUACGUGGUGACCGGGGGCGAGGAUGACCUGGUCACCGUGUGGUCCUUCACCGAGGCCCGGGUAGUGGCCAGAGGCCACGGCCACAAGUCCUGGGUCAACGCCGUGGCUUUUGAUCCGUAUACCACGAGGAGCGAGGAAGAGCCGGAGGGGGAGGGGACGACCGGCGGGAGCGAGAGGGAGGCGGGCUCCUUGCCCCGACUGCCUCCCCCGGCCGUCACUUACCGCUUCGGCUCGGCCGGCCAGGACACGCAGUUCUGCCUGUGGGACCUGACGGAGGACGUGCUCUACCCCCGGCCCCCGCUGGCCCGGCCCCGGGCCCUGGCCGGCAGCACGGAGGCCACGCCCAUCACCCCGGGGCCCCUUCCCCGAUCCCUGUCCCGCUCCAACAGCCUCCCGCACCCGGCAGUGAGUGGAAAGGGGGCCGGGGCGAGCACGGGCGGGGUGACGGAGCCCGGGACCCCCUUCAGCAUCGGCAAGUUUGCCACACUGACCCUCCAGGAGCGUCGCGACAAGGGCGCCGACAAAGAGCACAAGCGCUACCACAGCCUGGGCAACAUCAGCCGGGGCGGCGGCGGCGGGAGCGGCGGAGACAAGCUGGGCGGGCCGGCCCCCCGGGGCCGACUGGACCCAGCCAAGGUGCUGGGCACGGCCCUGUGCCCUCGAAUCCACGAGGUGCCCCUGCUGGAGCCCCUGGUGUGCAAGAAGAUUGCCCAGGAGCGCCUCACCGUCCUCCUGUUCUUGGAGGACUGCAUCAUCACCGCCUGCCAGGAGGGUCUCAUCUGCACCUGGGCCCGGCCUGGCAAAGCUGGCCUCUCCUCCCAGCCUGCCAAUUCCCCCAGUGGCACCGUGGUGUGAAGCUCGUGGAUUCAGCCGCUCUCACCUCUCAGCCUCCUGGUCGUGUCCUGUCUGCUCCAUCCUAAUGCCCCUUACUGUAUUAAUGAGACUAACAGUG